UCAUUUAGUAAGUACAGAACAAAUUGCAAUUAAUCUACGCAACGCCAGGGGAGGUUACUAAAAUGUUUCAUCACAGAAAAGAACUUUUCACGGUGCACCGUCAUCUUCUGAAAAUAUAAUUUUUGUGGGUGUUUCGCAGAAUUAAGCGAUGUCUGGCAAGAAAUUGUUGAACACGGUUGAGAAGUGUGUUGAUGAGAAUUUGGAGGGUCUUGUAACAAUUAACCCUGGUUUGAGACUUAUUAAGGAUUCUAGGGUUGUAGUAAGAGCUGACAUAGAAAGUGUGAAGACAGCUGGAAAAGUUGCUCUACUAUGUGGGGGAGGAUCUGGUCACGAGCCUGCACAUGCUGGAUAUGUUGGAAGUGGAAUGCUGAGUUGUGCUGUAGCAGGCUCUGUUUUUACAUCACCUCCACCCCAGGAUAUACUCACUGGCCUUAGAAUGAUAACCAAAAAUAAUCCAGGUGGAUGUUUAGUAAUGGUUCCUAACUACACUGGGGACAGGCUGAAUUUUGGGAUAGGUAUGGAGCGGGGAAAGCAUGAAGGUUUGAAAAUAUCUGCUGUAACAAUUGGAGAGGACUGUGCAACAUCAUCUCAAGAUAAAUCAGCAGGGAGGCGGGGUCUUUGUGGAAUGUUCUUGCUUAUUAAGAUAGCAGGUGCACUGGCUGAAGAGGGUAAAAGUCUAGAUGAGGUCACAAAGCUCUCUCAACAAGCAAUUGAUAAUAUGGGUACAAUAGGGUUAGCUCUAGGAGCAUGCUCAACACCUGGAUCUAGUGGUCCUCUAUUUACUGUCCAGUCAGAUGAGAUGGAGCUUGGACUAGGGCUACAUGGUGAAGCGGGAGUCAAAAGGAUCAAAUUAAUGACUUCGAAGGAGACUGUGAAGGUAAUGAUAGAUCAUAUGAGAAAUCCUGAAAACAGCACACAUCUUCCUAUCAAAACAGGUGACAGGGUAGCAUGUAUGAUCAAUAACCUAGGAGGUAUGUCAGUAUUAGAGAUGAAUGUGAUUGCCAAGGACACCAUCCAGUAUCUAGAGGGUGAUCUUGGCUUGAAAGUUGACAGGGCAUAUUGUAGUACAUAUGUAACAUCAUUAGAGAUGGCCGGUAUCUCUAUAUCAUUGCUACAUCUUAAUGAUACAUUUACAAGAUGUUUAGAUGCACCAACUACAGCUCCAGCAUGGUUGGUGCCAUUGCUAGGACCAGGACAGACAGACAGACAAACACCAGAACCAAUGACACCUAUAGGUGGACCAAAUGCUGAAGGACAACAAAUCAAAGGGGCUAGUAUUUCUAAAGAUGAAGGAGAUAGAAUAUAUGAUAUGAUAUUGAAGGCAUGUGAGAGACUAGAGGCAGCUAAGGAGAUGUUGGAUGGACUAGACAGUGAGAGUGGAGAUGGUGAUUGUGGUUCUACAAUGUCACGUGGUGCUCAAUGUAUCAGAGAGAAACUUGGUAAGAAAGAAAAUCCGGGACUUUCUGUCACUAAUCCAUUCCAACUGUCACUUGAACUUGCCAGUAUUGUAGAGAGUGUAAUGGGAGGAUCCUCUGGAGGGAUCUACAGUUUGUUUUUCACAGCAGCCUCAAGUCAGUUACAGAAAGAGGUUACAGUACAGUCCUGGUUACAGUCAAUGGUGGCUGGUAUAGCUGCCAUACAAAGGUAUGGUGGUGCUGAGCCUGGUGAUAGAACAAUGUUAGAUGCACUAUGGGCAGCAAAGGAAACUUUUCAAGGAAAGCUAGCAGAUAUGUCACCUGUAGAAGCUUUUAAAGAAGCUGUCAAGGCGGGAGAAAGUGCAGCAGAGAAUACAAAGAGUUUGAAAGCUCGUGCAGGACGUGCUAGCUAUGUCAGUGCUGAUUUACUAACAAAACCUGACCCUGGUGCUAUGGCUGUAGCUGUAUGGUUGAGGGCUAUACAAGAUACACUUAAUUGAUUUAUAAUUGCUGUCAUUAUUAUAUAAGAUCAGUCACUGAUCACAACAUUAUACUUGCCAUAUCUUAUAUCACAGACUUUUUAGCUCACCUGUCACAAAGUGACAGGGUGAGCUUUUGUGAUCGCUUUUCGUCCGGCGUCCGUCCGUCCGGCGUCCGUCCGUAAACUUUUACUUUAAAUGACAUCUCCUCAUAAACCACUAAGCCAAUUUCAUCCAAACUUCACAGGAAUGUUCCUUUGGUGGUCACCUUUAAAAAUUGUUCAAAGAAUUUAAUUCCAUGCAGAACUCUGGUUGCCAUGGCAACCGAAAGAAAAAACUUUAAAUAUCUUCUUUUAAAAAACCAUAAGAGCUAGAGCUAAGAUAUUUAGCAUGAAACAUGUUCUAAUGGACGUCUACCAAGUUUGUUCAAAUAAAAGCCCUGGGAUCAAAAUUGGCCCCGCCCCGGGGGGUCAUUGAUUUUCCCUAUAUGCAUAUAGUAAAAAAUUAAAAAAUCUUCUUUUAAAGAACCAAAAGAGUUAGAGCUAAGAUAUUUAGCAUGAAACAUGUUCUAAUAAGUGUCUACCAAGUUUGUUCAAAUAAAAGCCCUGGGGUCAAAAUUGGCCCCGCCCCGGGGUGUCAUUGAUUUUCCCUAUAUGCAUAUAGUAAAAACUUAAAAAAUCUUAUUUUAAAGAACCCAAAGAGCUAGAGCUAAGAUAUUUAGCAUGAAACAUGUUCUAAUGGAUGUCUACCAAGUUUGUUCAAAUAAAAGCCCUGGGGUAAAAAUUGGUCCCGCCCCGGGGGGUCAUUGAUUUUCCCUAUAUGCAUAUAGUAAAAACUUAAAAAAUCUUCUUUUAAAGAACUCAAAGAGCUAUGGCUAAGAUAUUGAGCAUCAAACAUGUUCUAAUAGGUGUCUACCAAGUUUGUUCAAAUAAAAGCCCUGGGGUCAAAAUUGGCCCCGCCCCAGGGGGUCAUUGAUUUUCCCUAUAUGCAUAUAGUAACUUAAAAAAUCUUCUUUUAAAGAACUCAAAGAGCUAUGGCUAAGAUAUUUAGCAUGAAACAUGUUCUAAUAAGUGUCUACCAAGUUUGUUCAAAUAAAAGGCCUGGGGUCAAAAUUGGCCCCGCCCCGGGGGUCAUUGAUUUUCCCUAUAUGCAUAUAGUAAAAACUUGUUGGGGGUUGGGGGGGCCUAUAUACAGGUGAGCGACCUCAGGGCCAUCAUGGCCCUCUUGUUUCAUAUAGUUUUGUAUCAGGGUAUAUUUAUAUAUAUCGUCCUUUUGUCAUCCAAUUUAUUGCCGUCCUAGUCAGUUACAAUUGCUAAAAUUAAGGAAGAAUUAGUCACAGUAUUUCUUAAUGUUAUGACAUUAUUAUACAAUAAUAAUUUUUACCUUUCAUAUGUUUCCUUGUAAAAUCUAUUAAGUACUCUUAAUCUUUUUACAGUCAUUGGUUCAUAUUUUGCCAAGAACAGUAACUCUAGUCUAUUGAGUUAUGAUUAAUGGAAUUUUAGUAAUUUGAAAUUUUGUAAUUUAUUGUUGUUGAUUUUACAUACAUGUUAUGUUAAUUUUCAAUCUGCCUUUGAAAAUUUGCUUAUUUUUCUAUGCUGGAAAGCUUAAAAUAAUUAUAUGGUAGCCGUAUACAUUCAAAGUUUUGGGGUAAUGAGUUAAAUAGCAUUACUGUGUUUUCUUGUUGGACUUUAAUGUAACAACAAAUUUACAUUUAACUUCUUGAAUAUCUUAGCUAUUAUCAUUAUCAAAACAAUAGAAUGACGGUUAUGUGUAGGGGUCUAAUCCUAGUAUUUUAACUGUUUAUACAAUCAGUACCAAUUGUGUGGUUAUUUGGUCAACCAUUUAGAUUAAAUAAAAUCUUGAUAAAGUGUACAAAAACCUGUUUUUACAUCUAAUGUCAAAUUUAUUUAUAUUUUGUUUGGUGACUUUCUAUAAUUUUGGUUAACAGGAAACUAUUGAUCUUUACAUAGUCAAAUUUACAUGUUAACUGCAAUUAUAACCAGAAAUCCAAAUUAAUUAUUGUCCCUCAAUGUUAGAUUAAACAGAAUUCAUUAAAA